UUUAACGAAACAAUUCCCUCUCCAAACUCCAUCCCAUCACCUUUUUCCUUCUCGAUUUCCAUUCUCCAUUCAAAUUACGACUUGGGUUUGUUCUUCGUCUUCCAAUUCGAAUAAACAGAGAGAUAGAAAUCGAAAAUCUCUUUAAGAAUCUCUGAAUUCAUGUUGUGUUUGUUGUUGGGAAAGACUAUAAUGCCCCCGGCGACGACGUCCGACCUCGAACAAGAUGAUUCAGAUGCCGAAUUCGUCGAGAUCGAUCCCACGGGUCGUUACGGUCGGUACAAGAAGGUUUUAGGAAGAGGAGCUUUCAAAAAAGUGUAUCCUUUUCGUUUCCCUAUAAAGGCAUUUGACGAACUUGAAGGUAUUGAAGUAGCAUGGAAUCAGGUUAAGGUCACGGAUCUAUUGCGACAUUCCGAAGAUUUGGAGCGCCUAUAUUCGGAAGUUCAUUUGCUUAAAACUUUGAAGCAUAAGAAUAUAAUUAAAUUUUACAAUUCCUGGGUUGAUACCAAAAAUGAACAUGUCAACUUCAUCACCGAGAUUUUCACUUCGGGAACAUUGAGGCAGUAUCGAAAGAAGCAUAAGCAUGUCGAUUUGAGGGCAUUGAAGAAAUGGUCAAGGCAGAUCUUGGAGGGUCACGUCUAUCUUCACAGUCACGAUCCCCCGGUGAUUCACAGGGAUCUGAAAUGUGAUAACAUCUUUGUCAAUGGUAACCAAGGUGAGGUGAAGAUCGGAGAUCUAGGGUUGGCUACUAUUCUUCGCCAGGCCAAUUCAGCACAUAGUGUUAUUGGUACACCCGAGUUUAUGGCACCGGAACUCUACAAGGAGGAAUACAAUGAGCUUGUAGAUAUUUAUGCUUUCGGCAUGUGUUUGCUGGAGUUAGUAACUUUCGAGUAUCCAUACAUUGAAUGUGCUAAUGCAGCUCAAAUAUUCAAGAAAGUGACAUCAGGAAUAAAGCCAGCAUCGUUGGCGAAAGUGACUGAUCCCGGAGUUAAGUUAUUCAUCGAAAAAUGUAUUGUUAAAGCUUCGGAUCGGUUGUCUGCAAAGGAACUUUUGAAGGAUCCAUUUCUCCAGCCUGACGAGGAAAAUGACAGUGUAGGUCAUUCUUUACGAGCUAGAGUCCAAUCUUCAGAUAAUACUUCUGAUCAGACUAAUAUCGGGGGAGAUACCAAGGUCCUUCGAUCCGAGACGAGCAUGGAUGUCAAAGUGCAAGGUCAGAGGCAAAAUGAUAACACAAUAUUUCUAAAAUUAAGGAUCUCGGAUUCAACAGGUAAUAUCCGCACCAUCCAGUUCCCCUUUGAUAUUGAAGCAGAUACAGCAGUAGCCGUUGCUGGAGAAAUGGUUGAAGAGUUAGACUUGACAGAUCAAGAUGUUUCAACAAUUUCCGAAAUGAUUGAAUCGGAAAUCCGGUCUCAUAUUCCCGAUUGGGUUCCAAAAGAAACUCCUAGUGUUAGUUUGGUAGAAAUUGUGAAUUCUGAUCAGGGUGAUGGAUCUCCAUUGGCUUAUGAGCUGUCCUCAUCUCCGGGCGGUCUUUCACAGGAGAGAUUUCCGUCUGGUCGAAGAUUCUGGUCUGAUCCACCCAAGGCAGCUCGUGGAAACUCUCUGGCCAAAACCGGUUCAAACGUUGCUUUUCGAGUGGAUUUCGUAAGGUCUGCAGAUAUCAUGGUUGAACUUGAUGAACAAUCUCAUGAUAGAUAUGGAAGCGAAGGUAAAAUAGGCAGCAAUACUUCAUUUCAACGACCCGAUAACGAGUUCACACAUCACAGUGGCAGCGACGAUGAUGGUCAUCGAAAAGAUGGUGGUUCCGAUACAACACAUUCGUCGAAAGAGAACUGUAAGCCAUUAAAGGAUGCUGAAUCAGAGGUGAAGGUAAUAGCAAAGCGACUCGAGUCUCUGCUGUUAAAGCAGCAAACGGAGGUCGACGAGCUGAAGAAGCACAAAUUAGCCAUAUCAGAACUUCUGAAAGAAGUAUCCAUGGAAACCUGGGAUAAGGUUUUGGCUACAUGUAAGAUGAAGAUUCCAGAUUAUGCAAGCUGCUAAAUGGGCAUCUGGCAUACCAGGCUCCUACAUGGAACUUGAAUAAGUGAGUUUUUUUUCGAAAAUAUUUUUUUUUGGAAAUAAGUGAGCCUCGUUAAAAACUCUCUCGUAACUAACAUUGAAUCCGAAGAUCAAUGUCGAAC